AUGGCCCCACAACUUGACUCGAAGAACAACGAAUCUCAAAAUGACUGUGAUGCUGCCGAGCAGGCAUUUCUAGAAAACAUCCGUCAGCAAGCAACAAAGUAUAUUUUCCCACCAAUCGAAGAGGAACCAAUUGAUUUGGAUGAGGAAAGAUUACUGGAGGUUUCGGAUACAACGAUGAGUGCAUCAGAGCUUUUGACUUUGGCGUUCCAGAAGCAUAUUGCUCUAUUCGCAACAAAGAAGGAACCAUCAAUUCGAGAAGAACUUCUCCAGACUUCUCUCAUUGGAAAAAUUCAAGAUUUUAUUACAUUGAACUUAAAUUCAUACGAUUCUCCAGUUGCCGAUAUUGAAAUGGAAGAACUUGAUGAAUACGAUGUUCAAAACUUCUUCACAAAUCUCGCAGUUCCGAUGGAUCACUGA